CCGGCGUGGAGAAGGCUUGAUCUGCACGGCAGCCUCGCUUUGCUCUUUCUUUCCGCCGCCAUCAUGGGUCGUAUGCACGCUCCAGGAAAGGGCUUAUCCCAGUCAGCCUUGCCUUACAGGCGAAGUGUGCCUACAUGGCUGAAACUUACUUCUGAUGAUGUCAAAGAGCAGAUCUACAAGCUGGCAAAGAAGGGCUUGACUCCCUCACAAAUUGGUGUAAUACUGAGGGACUCGCAUGGUGUUGCCCAAGUUCGUUUUGUAACAGGCAACAAAAUUCUAAGGAUUCUUAAAUCCAAAGGGCUUGCCCCUGACCUUCCAGAAGACCUUUACCACUUAAUCAAGAAAGCUGUGGCUGUCCGUAAGCAUCUUGAGAGGAACCGGAAGGAUAAAGAUGCCAAGUUCCGUCUCAUUUUGAUUGAGAGCAGAAUUCAUCGGCUGGCUCGCUACUACAAGACGAAGAGAGUACUCCCACCUAAUUGGAAGUAUGAAUCAUCCACAGCUUCUGCUCUGGUUGCAUAAGAGGUCUACGCUUCACCAAGGGAAUCAAAUCAUUUACAUCUUGCGUUCCUGUCACCCUUGCUUCAGAGAAGGAUGUCAUAGGUUUCUUAUUUAAAAUUGGUAGAAAAAGAUAUCUUGACCAUACCAAUAAAAGCCUCUGAUUUUUUUCCA